AUGUCCGGAAAGAGACAGAUAUCUAAAACCCUCGACAGACAUCAUGGAAAGAGAAGAGCAGGCCAGGGAUCAACCACACGCAAGAAAUACGACUCGGCGAUGAGGUUUUUGAGGCUGCGCAAUGGCGGGUCAGAAGGAGCUUACCUCUGUGCCAAUGAGCGGAGGUCGGAUGGCGGUUAUACACUGGCAAGCAGAGGCGUCGCACUCAGCAAGUGGGAACACCUCUCUGGAGAUGCGAGGUCACAGGCAGAUGGGUGA